ACAGUGACAGCAGGAAAGGACUGGAGCAGAAGAGUUUAUUUGCAUUCUAGAAGAGCCCUCAGCUUUCUGAGCCAUGCUCAAGGAGGUGGUCUCUCUGGCGACCGCCUUCUGGGCAGGGCUCCAUACUGGGACUUUACUGGUGGGUGCUGUCGUCUUUCUGUUCUUUGCUGACUUCAAAAGGCGGCGCCCAAAGAAUUACCCGCCGGGGCCCUGGCCUCUACCUGUGUUUGGCAACUUCUUUCAAGUGAACUUUGAGAAUUCACACUUGGAUGUUCAAAAGUUGGUGAAGAAAUAUGGGAAUGUUCUUAGCCUGGAUUUUGGUAACCUGUCUUCAGUGCUCAUAACUGGACUGCCCUUAAUCAAAGAAGUUCUUUCUCAGACAGACCAGUCCUUCGUGCACCGCCCUGUAACCCCUCUCCGAGAACGUAUCUUUAGGAAAAAUGGAUUGAUCAUGUCUAAUGGCCAAAUAUGGAAGGAACAAAGAAGAUUCACCCUGACAACAUUAAAGAACUUUGGUUUAGGAAGGAAGAGCCUGGAGGAACGCAUCCAGGAGGAGGCCUACCACCUUGUUGAGGCAAUCAAAGAGGAGAAUGGACAGCCUUUCAACCCUCACUUCAAGAUCAACAAUGCAGUUUCAAACAUCAUUUGCUCCAUCACCUUUGGGGAGCGCUUUGAGUACCAGGAUGCUCAGUUCCAGGAGCUGCUGAAGUUACUGGAUGAGGUCACGUUUCUGGAGGCUUCGAGAUUCUGUCAACUCUAUAAUGUCUUUCCAUGGAUAAUGAAAUUCCUCCCUGGACCUCAUCAAACUGUCUUCAGCAACUGGGAAAAGCUGAAAUUGUUUGUUUCUCAUGAAGUUGAAAAACACAGGAAAGACUGGAAUCCUGAUGAGUCAAGAGACUUUAUUGAUGCUUACCUCAAGGAAAUUGUGAAGUACACAGACAAGAAUGCUUCAAGUUUCAAUGAAGAGAACCUCAUCUGCAGCACCCUGGACCUCUUCUUUGCUGGAACUGAGACAACUUCUACAACGCUGCGCUGGGGUCUGCUUUACAUGGCCCUCUAUCCAGAAGUCCAAGAAAAAGUGCAUGCUGAGAUUGACAGAGUGCUAGGCCAGUGGCAGCAGCCAAGCAUGGAUGCCAGAGAGUUCAUGCCCUACACCAAUGCUGUCAUCCAUGAGGUGCAGAGAAUGGGCAACAUCAUCCCUCUGAAUGUCCCCAGGGAAGUGGUGGUUGAUACCACUUUGGCUGGAUACUACCUGCCAAAGGGGACCAUGAUCCUGACCAAUUUGACCGCUUUGCACAAGGACCCCAACGAGUGGGCCACCCCUGACACAUUCAACCCUGAGCAUUUUCUGGAGAAUGGACAGUUUAAGAAAAGAGAAUCCUUCAUGCCUUUCUCAAUGGGAAAACGCGGAUGCCUUGGAGAACAGUUGGCUAAGACUGAGCUAUUUAUUUUUUUCACUUCCCUUUUACAAAAAUUUACCUUCAAGCCCCCAAACAAUGAGAAGUUGAGCCUGGAGUUCAGAAUGGGCCUCACUGUCUCCCCUGUCAGCCACCACAUCUGCACUAUCCCUAGGGGAUGAUGCUGUUGGUGAAGGAAAAGGAAAGACAGGGAAAAAAAAAACAAAAACAAAAAACCGCAGGUGCUUUGGAGCUGCUGGUGCCUGCUCAGAUGUUUGGAAACAGAAUGAAGAUGAUGCCAAGGAAAGAGGAAAGAAUCUGGACUAAAAGGAAGCUGGAUCCAAACCCUGGUUCUGCCAUCUCCCCCUAUAGCCCUGGAAUAAUCACUUGUGUGCUCAUUAAUUUACCUUCUCAUCCAGGAGGUGAAAAAUUAUUUCCCUUGAAAAAAAAAAGGUCCUGUAAGAAUUAAAGGAAACAAUGGAUUCUAAGUGAUUCCUACACCAUAAAAACAUAUCCUAAGAAUAAUAACUACAGUCCUGCCUACUUCCCGCCUCCUUCCUUGGCCAUGUAUCUGCUUCUAGCUGGUUAACAUAGCUCAGGUUGAAGUGGUGCAAGACAGGCAAUGAGAUACAAAGUGGAAUCCUGGGGGCAACCAUGGAGACAGAACAUAAAGUCUCUCUCAUUUGUGUUGGCUUUAUCCUGUUUUGGCCUUAGAAUGGUCUCCUGGCUAGUGACCAAUGGAUGAGUCUAUUCACAGGAAGUGGAAGCAACGUUUUCUAUGAUUUGCACAAGGGAGCACCAACUUGGCCUUAGAAAGAGGACCAAUAGGGUGUGACCACAGUUAACCCAAUCUGGAAAUCAGGUUUGAAGAAUAAAAGUGAAAAGAGUUUGUCUUAUAGUACCUCUAUUUUGAGUCCUCCAUCAGACACUCAUUCCCAUAAUGUUUCACAUUGGAUUUAACUGUAAGCUUUUGUUGGCUAAUAUUACCACCUUAUAGUCUGGUAGAGCAUUUUAUAGCAGAACAUCAGAAAUGCCAGAAUCCUGCCACAAAAAAGAGGACCAGGGACUUUCCAAGAAGUUUUAGCCCAACCCCAGAGCAGACCUACCAACCAGGCUGGUAAACUGGACUUAAUUUCAUCCAAAGGUCUGACCUUCCUCCUUUCCUUCCUUUCUUCCUUUCUCUCUCCUCUCUCUCUCUCUCUCUCUCUCUCUCUCUCUCUCUCUCUCUCUCCCCCUCCCUCCCUCCCUGCCUCCCUCUUUCUUUGGAGAAAGAUUUCUUUUCUUAAGUGGCUAGAUCUAGGUAAUUUAGUAGCUCAUAACUGUCAACAGCUGUCUGUGGGUUGUAUGUGAGUCACUGGGCAUGGUAGCCUCAUGGAUAGACACAUCUGUGAAUGGCCAGUGGACAUUUACUCUGGUCAGUUCCCCAGGGAUAAUGUAAAUUUCUUUCCCACUCUGCUGGGCCCACACAGCACCUGAGAUGGUUGUUAUCUGCCUAAAUGUCAAUCAACGUGCUGACUGCAGGACAUCAUGAAGCAAAACUAAGCCCUUGAAACUUCAUCCCUGCCUUUGAUGUAUCCCCUUAAAUAAACUACCAGAGCUAUUUUCCCUUUGUCUAGUUCCAGAACCCCUGUGGACUAGAUCAGAGGCUUCAUCUUGUGUAAAUAUA